AUGACAAAGGAAUUCAACAGCCAAACAGAGAUCAGUGUGGGGUUGGGAACCCUGUGGCAAGCUCUGUCCAAGGAUUUGGCAUUCAUAACUCCAAAGGUUAUACCAAAUAUUGUGAAAGAUGUGAAAGUGAUAGAAGGCGAUGGAGGGAUUGGUACAAUCCUUCACUUCACUUUUUCCUCUGAUGUACAACCAGUGAGUUACCAGAGGGAGAAGAUCACAGAGCUUGAUGAGUUUUCUCAUGAAAUUGGGCUGCAAGUGGUUGAAGGAGGGCAUCUGAAUCAAGGUUUCUCAUACUAUAAGAUAAGUUAUCAACUAUCUGAAAUUGGAGAGAAUCAGACACUGGCCAAAGUGAAGAUCUCUUAUGACUAUGAGUCAGACACACAGGAAAGUUCCCAUCCAGUGAAGACAUCAGAGGCCGUUUUGUCCUUUCUUAGAUGCCUAGAAACAUAUCUGUUGAAUCGUGCUUGAAGAUUAUAUUGUCUUGUCAAUUAUCUGAGGCCGGUCAUUGUGCUUUGAUUUGUUGCCUUUCAAGAAUGAUCGAAUCUUUUUAAGUACCCAAAAUAAAAAGAAUAUCGUUGACUGGUUAUCUAGUUUUAUGUUUUCUUAUGUUACAUCAGACAACAAUUUUCCAUACAAAUACAUGAAUAGUUCCAAAUCAGUUUUUAUUGUUGUAGAUAUGGUUAGAGAUAUGUUGUCUUAUGUAACAUAAGAAAACAUAUGAACAAAUUUUUUUUUUAAUUAC